AUGGACAAGUUUCGUAUGAUCUUCCAGUUCCUCCAGUCCAACCAGGAGUCCUUCAUGAAUGGCAUCUGUGGGAUCAUGGCCCUCGCCAGCGCCCAGAUGUACUCAGCCUUUGAUUUCAACUGCCCCUGCCUGCCAGGCUACAACCUGGCCUACGGGCUGGGCAUCCUCCUGGUGCCCCCCUUCAUCUUGUUCCUGCUGGGCUUCGUGCUGAACAACAACGUCUCCAUGCUGGCAGAAGAGUGGAGGCGACCCCAGGGCCAGCGAGGGAAGGACCGGGCUGUCCUGCGCUACAUGUUCUGCUCCAUGGCACAGCGGGCCAUGAUCGCCCCGGUGGUCUGGGUCUCGGUGACGCUGCUGGAUGGCAAGUGCAUCACCUGUGCCUUCUGCACCUCGGUGCCCAUGGAGACCCUGGGCAACACCAGCCACCCUGGCCUCUCCCAAGGAGAGAUGAAGCGGGUCCUCGCCCGCAUCCCCUGCAAGGAGAUCUACGAUGGGCAGGAGCUCAUCGCCAACGAAGUGGCCGUCAGGUACCUGCGCUGCAUCUCACAGGCUCUGGGCUGGUGCUUUGUGCUGCUGAUGACCACCCUGGCUUUCUUGGUCAGAUCCCUCCGGCCCUGCUUCACCCAAGCCGCCUUCCUGAAGAGCAGGUACUGGUCCCACUACAUCGACAUUGAGCGCAAACUGUUCGACGAGACAUGUGCAGAGCAUGCCAGGAGCUUUGCCAAGGUCUGCAUCCAGCAGUUCUUUGAGGGCAUGAGCACGGACCUGGCGGCCGCUCGCUGCCACCCACCCAGGAAAGCCCCUGCUGAUGCUGGGGAAGCCACCGAGAAGCUCUUGGGCAUCACCGACCAGAGCACCAUGAACAUGGCCCUGAAGAGCUGGCACAGAUGCAAGCCCCCGCUGCACCUCCACUCGCCUGCCCUCCCCAGUGGCAAUGGCUGGGGGGGGGGGGGGAGAGCCAUGCUUUUGGGAGAGGGGCUGCAGAGAGGGCUGGCAGGCGGGCAGCUGAGCCAGGCAGGGGCAAGGGCCAGCACCACAGGGGCUGCAGGGGGGCAGGCACCCAAAGGGCUCAGUGGUGGUGCCAGCACGAUCCCAUCUGCUCCCACAGCCAAUCCUACAGCAUCGGUAAUUCAGGCAAGGAGUUUUGUGCUGAGCAGGGCAGCUAUCCGAGGCCACGAUGGACAAGCCCCAGGGAUGCUGACGGGCCUGAUGUGUCAGCCAGCCAGACACGCCGUGUGUCCCGCACCACCAAGCACCGGGUUUGUGUUGCGGCAGUUGCCAAGGCAGACACUACCCAAUGUGCAAAACUUCCUUUCUUUUACCACAUGCUCAGCACUGGGCAGCACACAUGGAUUUAGGCAGUAUUAA